GCCUUGAAUUCUCCCCUCCCUGCCCUGAUCACCCCGGACAACAAAGGCCGCUUUGACUUGUCUCACUAAAGUAAAGAUCUAAUUACAUGGCCCAUGUGCAUUGAGCUAAAAAGUUGUGAUUGGCUGCUAAUAAAGUCAGUCAACUAUCAUUCACGCUGGACAGUAAGUGCUAUGGCAACUCACUCAGCAACCAGUGCCCAGCCACACAGACUCAUCCCUAUAUGUAGCUAGUGUGUGUACAUGCUCUAAGGACUGAACAGGCUGACAGAGAGCAAACAUGGCUCCAAAGAAAAAGACUGCAAAAAAGAAUCCAGAAAAAAGUGAAAAUGACUUGGAUGCAACAUAUAAGCGCAGUAUUCUGGAUAUAGCCGUCCUACAGGAUCACAUUGCUCUACAGUGUGAGUCUAUAAUAAAGGUCCAGUCUGAUAAAAAUGACCUGAGGAGACGCAUGAGAGACAUGGAGCAGAAGCUGCAGCAGGAGAGGCAAGACCACAGGGACAUUAACUCUGACCUCAGUCGCCAGUAUAAGACCAUGCAGACUGAGCUGACCAACAAGGUGAAAAGGCUGGAGGAGGACGUCAGCCAGCUCAAGGAAGAACUUGCCAUGUGUCAGGAGGAGCUGAGGAAAGGGAAAAGAGACCGUGAUCAGAUGGAACAGGAGAAGGAUGCCACUAUAGCUGACCUCCAACACAAGCUGGACAACAUGGAAAUCGACUAUGAGAGGGUCCUGCAUGAGACUCUAGACAGCCUGACCUCCCAGCUGUCUGUGGCUCAGCAGGGAUGGAAGGAUAAGAGCAUAGGCCUUCACCAAAAUUAUAAGGAACUGCUCUCUGAAUUUGGCCUAAAUGCGCUGGACUUCUAAAAGACCACUGGAAGCAGCUGUGAGACACAUUUGUUUAAUGUUGUAGCUACAGCUCAGUUGUGUCUGAUCAGAAUGUGUUUGGUUCAAAUGAAAGUGAUGUCCAUGACAGCAUUCAGCUUACAACUCACAGUUUAGUAUGCCUAACACACGGGUCAGCGUAUGAAACAAAAUGAGUUAAUACGAAUGCAUUGUUGCAAUUGUUCACUAUGCAGUGUUUGUAAUGUUGUGUAAUGCCCACUAGAUGUAGCAAAUGACUAUUUAUGGUGGCCAGAAUAGUUUAGAAACCCAGAUGUUUUUAGAGUGUUAUAUUAUGUACUGUAUUUGGUAUUUUAUAUGUGUAAAUACUGUACAAGGUAAACUUGUUAAGAAAGAUAUUUGUAAGUUGAAUAAAAGCAUCUGAGGGCUCCACUAACACAGUAUGAGAUCAGUGAGACUGGGUGACAGCAUGCACUACUCUACAUAAAUCACAGAAGGCUCAUAAUCCUACAGCAGGGGAGCAGAGUAGCAAAAACAGCAAUGUCAGUAACAUUGCUCAGGUUUUGUUUUAAGCUGUGGACCAGAGGCCAAAUAUGGCAACAGCCAGGAAAGCAAAAGGUGAAACUGCCUACAUAAACCACAUGGAUGUCGGAAUAGCCUAAGUAAUAUUACUAAACUGCAGUGUUUUUAAUUCAUCUCACAACUA